CACAGCGAGCUGGGACCAGACGUCUGUCCUCUGCUCGUCUUCGUCAACCCGAAGAGCGGCGGUCUGAAAGGCCGAGAGCUCCUCUACAGCUUCCGGAAGCUUCUCAACCCUCAUCAGGUCUUUGACAUUUCCAACGGAGGGCCGCUGGCGGGCCUCCACACGUUCCGGGACGUUCCCAGGUUUCGGGUGCUGGUCUGCGGGGGGGACGGGACCACGGGCUGGGUCCUGGGAGUCCUGGAGGCCGUCCGGCACAAACUGGUGUGUCGAGAGCCGCCGAUCGGCAUCGUCCCGCUGGGAACAGGUCGGACGAAUACGCCUCG